UGUGUCUCAGAUGUUGUCUCUCUCAAUUUUGUUCAAACUCAGGAAUUACCUUGUCGUUCAUACACAUAUAUGUCGUAAGGUUCACCCUCUUGGUGUAUAACAACUUUUGAAAAUUAAAAGAUCGUUUUUAUACUAAGUAUUCUUUAAACGCAAUCAGUUUGGGAAAUAGCAGCGUAUCCCUGGAAUCAGCGAAAGUUACUUUUCUAAAGUAUCCCGCGGGGCUGCAAGGUGUCGCAGAAACGGAUUUAUAUCGCUCUUAGGGAUAAUUUACCAUCCCGAGUCCCAGUGAUUGGGCUCAUUACGGCUAUGUCCUCUUCCACAGUCAAGGGACAUUUAUCGUGAUUCAUUCAAGAAGAGGUUGUGCCACCUUUUAUUUCGCUUGUGGACAUCUAUGGAGAGCGUCCUGCUGCAUGCUCUCACGCCAGCAGUGGAGUCUACUUUUCACCUCCGGUCUUCCCUUCGCACGCACUCCGGGACAAAGCUGUGAAUGUUGACUCUAAUAAGACCUAACAUAGUGGAAGAGGACUACCAUCACCUCAUUUGAAUGCCUUUGCAAGGAUUUUGCUGGUUUUUGUGCUGCAGGCAGGGAUUCAGUUUGCUCGGACGGGACUAUGGGGAGAGAGAGGAGGAAGAAUCUUUUGAAUUGCGCAACAACGAGAACCUGACUUCCAAUGGACGGAUCCCAACUGACGUGACUGUUUCUCAACCUACACACACGGCGAAUGGAACCAAUGGGCACCUGGUUCCAGGGGUCGCGGGCGAGAUGAAGAGUCUGAUCAUUGAGAAGAAUAACAUGGGCCUGGAGGACGACCCGGAGCUGCUGGUGAAAGGGUGGCUGUUGCGAGAGGUGCGGGGCAGCUGGAUCAAGCAGCGGCGCUACUGGUUCGUCCUGAGUCAGGACUCCCUGGACUACUACAGCGGGCCGGAGAAGGGAGCCCGCAGGCUGGGCACCGUGGUGCUCACCAACCUGUGCUCCGUCAUCUGGCCCGACAAGCAGAGCUACAAGGAGACGGGGUACUGGAGCCUCACGGUGUACGGACGCAAGCACUGCUACCGGCUCUACACGCGGCACUUCAACGAGGCGGUGCACUGGGCGUGCGCCGUGCAGAAGGUCAUCGACACCAAAGCCCCGGUGGAGACGCCCACCCAGCUGUUGCUGCGGGACAUCGAGGAGAACAAGUUCAACCCGGAGGUUGUGGAGCACAUCUACCAGCACAACCCCAUCCUGAAGUACACCCAGGGGCCGCUGUACGCCCCCCUGCUCCCCUUCCCCUACGGCAGCGCAGAGCACAAAUACUACAGCGGGAAGGGCUACGGGCCGGUGCGCGAGGAGGCCGUGAAGCUCUUCCACUGCCUGCAGCAGCUGGAGUCUGCCAGGGAGCCCGUGCCGAUCAUCCAGGGCGUGCUGCAGACCUGCCUGGACCUGCGGCCGCUGCGCGACGAGCUCUACUGCCAGCUGGCCAAGCAGACCUGCUGCACCCCUCAGCCGCACACCGCCGCCCACCUGCGCUACUGGCAGCUGCUCACCUGCAUGAGCUGCACCUUCCUGCCCGGCCCCGCCGUGCUCAAGUACCUGCGCUUCCACCUCAAGAGGAUCCAGAGUCAGACCCCAGAGUCUGAGAUGGAUAACUACGCGACGUUCGUGGGCGAGGCCCUGGACAAGACCAAGUGCCGGGAGUGCGUGCCGUCCUGGGAGGAGAUCCAGAUGCUGAUGAGCAGGCAGGAGAUGCUGUGCACGGUGUACUACCCUGGGUCAGGCUCCUGCCAGCUCUACAUCAACUCCCACACCACCGCCAAUGAGGUGCUGCGGCGGAUGCAGGAGAAGCUCGGCCUGCAGGAGAGCAAGAACACGUUUGCGCUGUUCGAGCAGAAUGCCUUGUGGGAGCAGCCCGUGGCCGGCGGCACGCUCAUCGCCGACAUCCUCACCAGCCUCUCCAGCAAAGAGUCGGAGGCGCCCUGCCAGUGGAAACUUUGCUUCAAGCUCUACUGCCUGCUGGACGCAGACGGCAUAUCGCUGGACAGCAUCGAGUAUCUCUUCCUCUUUGAACAGUGUCACGAGAUGGUGGUGCGCGGCCAGCUGCCCGCCGGCGAGGAGGACCUGCAGGCCCUGGCGGCCCUCCGGCUGCAGUGCAUUGUGGGGGACUUCAGCACGCACGCGCCCUGCCCGCCGCUGGACCAGCUCUUCCCCAGCCACGUGGUGGUAGGCCCGGGUGCUGCUCAGCCUCUCGGCCGCCGCCACCGCCGCCUCCCGCGGACCCCCGCCCCACUGCCAGCUGGCAGUGGCGCCGGGCCUCCUGGCGGGGGCGCCGUGGAGCCAGACCAGCGCCCACAAGCAGAAGGUGGAGCAGGACCUGCGCCUGCGCAGCUGGCUGAAGGAGGAGGCGGCGGCCGUCAUGGGCGCGGUGGUGGAGCGCUGGAAGGGGCUGGCGGGCUACAGCCGCGCCGACGGCAUGGCGGCGUACCUGGCCAUCGCGCGCCAGUGGUCGGGCUUCGGGUGCACGCUCUACGAGGUGGACUUUUACAUCAGCUCCACAGGGAGCUUCUCCCAGAAGCUGUGGCUGGGCGUGGCCGCCACCUCGGUGUCCCUGUACCGCCAGGGGGAGGCGAGAGGCCCUGGAGUCGUUCCCCUACGGCCAGAUCUGCCUCCUACGGCGUCCAAGGACAGCAAACACCUUCAAGGAUCACCGCCGGGGGACAGGGACUAUGCUGUUCGAGACCACCAAGUGCGCCAAGGCACACUGUCCCCGACACUGUGUUCCAGCAGCUGGAUGACAUCAUCAUCUGUCCAAAGUCAUCACUGACUGAGAUCAUGCAGCUGAUGAAUGCCUAUUUCAGUGCCAUCCGUCGCCAGCGGGGGAAGGGUGGGGGCCGGGGGGUGGGAGGGGAGGACGGGGGCAUCGCCAUCCCGGAGAGCACGACGACGACGACGACGACGGAGGUGGGCUUCAACCACCUGCACAACCCCACCUUCCUGGAGCUGCCCUCGCACUCGGUUUGA